AUGGACAGGUUUGUGUUCAAAGGUUGGACCAUUGGAAAUGGGGACACAGAAACUCGUUUCUUCUCAUGGUACCGGUUCGGUCUCUUCUUCGAGAAGGACAAAGUCAUUACUGCUAUCAAUCAGUGGUAUUUUAAGCAAUUGGAUGUGAACAAUGCUUUCUUACAUGGUGAUCUAAAUGAAGAGGUGUACAUGACUCUUCUUCAAGGCAUGCAAGUGGCAAAACCAAGGCAAUGUGCUUCUGAUCAUUCAUUGUUUCUUAAACAUGGUUACAAGACAAUCACUGCUCUGCUGGUCUAUGUAGAUGACAUUGUCUUAUCGGGUAAUGAUCUAGCUGAGAUUCAAAGCAUUACACAACUAUUGGACAAUGCUUUCAAGAUAAAGGACCUAGGUGAUCCAAGAUACCUCAAGGGAACUCCAGGGGUAGGGAUCUCUUUUUCUGUUGCAAGUAAUAUUCAUUUAAAAGGCUUUAGUGAUUUAGAUUGGGCAGGUUGCAUUGACACCAAAAGAUCUAUCAUUGGCUAUGCAAUAUACAUUGGUGAUUCAUUUAUCUCGUGGAAAUCCAAGAAGCAAGCCAUUGUGUCCAAAAGUUCAUCAUAG